GCUGCCUGUUGGUGGCAGUGAUGCGACGUCAAAGACGCGCUUUCUGCGGUAAAACAACCAGCGAGGAAGAACGAGGCGGAAGUAAGGGUCACGACGCUGAGAUAUUAAGCUACUGUGAUUCUGUUGUAUGUUUAAAAAAAAAAUGUGUAAGGUUCAAAUACUGAGAGUGUUGAUGGAGCAGCGACUAAAUGCCGCCGUUGAAGAAAUAUUUGGACUGUUUGAAAGAACAGUAACAGAAUACGAGGAGGAACUUUCUCGGACAAAAGAGGAAAACAAGCGUCAACGCCGAGAGUUGGAUGCUGCUUUGGAGCACAACAGAGCAGCUGUCAAAGAGGCAGCUGCGACUUUCUUGGCUCCUCCGUGGCUUCCCUCAGAGACACUGGCGGUCACCACACCCCUCCGACAUUCAGACAUUCAACAAGUGUUGCUGGAGAGUGAAGAUGAGGUUUCCCCUGAGCAGCAGGAGUGGCGCUCCAGUUUGGGGCGACAGGAGCAAGAGCGCCCCCACAUUAAAGAGGAAAAGGAGGAACCGUGGGAGCAGCUUCAAGAGGCUGACGUCACCACGGUCCCAUUUACUGACGUCCCUGUGAAGAGUGAGGAUGAUGAAGACAAGGCUAAGUUCUCACAGCUUGAUUACUGUCAGAGCGAGGUAAACAAAGGGGCGGAGCUUUUGACUCAACACAUGACAACAGAGGGUGAUGUAAACCACUGUGGAGGAUCACAAGCAGAAUACGCACAACCGUCAUACAUGACUGACAUGACGUCACACUCUUCUGAGACCGAGGAUGAAGACUUUAAAGGUGAUAUGAGACCUGAGGUUGACAGCCAGCGCUUUGAAUGCUCCGAAUGCGAGCGGACGUUUAACCGUAAGGAAAGCAUGAAAAGACACAUGGUAACGCACACUGGAGAGAGACCUUUCACCUGCUCGGUUUGCGUGAGAAGUUUCUCUUUGAAGCAAUAUUUGGAACGACACAUGAUGAUACACACGGGGGAGAAUCCCUUUUCCUGUUCAGUUUGCAAUAAUAGAUUCCGAGAUAAGUUCAAAUUGAUGGUCCACAUGAGAAAGCACGCUGCAGAGAGGCAACAUUUAACUUCCAGCAGCACAAUUCGAGAGUAUGGAAUACACUCCGAUGGAUCACAAGCAAGCAGCGGCUUUGCGCCACUGUCAGAUUUGAACGAGGUGAUGUCACACGCUUCUGACCACGAUCACGGCGACAACGCCAAAGAGCCUUCGGAAAGCAAGAAGGACUCCAAAGGAGAUACGAGACGUCACACUGACGACAACCUCCUCAAUUGUUCUCAUUGCAAGAAAACGUUUGACAAAAGGUGGAAAUGGAAAAGACACAUGAAGUGUCACACAGCGAAGAAACCAUUCAGCUGCCCGCUGUGCGCCAAGGGAUUCACCCAAAAGUCAGACAUGACCAUACACAUGGCGGUGCACACCGGAGAGAAACCGUUUAGCUGCGCUAUUUGCACCAAAAGGUUCGCCGCAAAAAAAUACAUGGCGAUACACAUGAGGACGCACACGGGGGAGAGACCUUACGCUUGCUCGUGUUGCGCCAAAAGGUUCACCACGAAGCCGCAAAUGGACAGACACAUGAUGAGAAUACACCCGUUCAGCUGCAGCUCGUGUAAGAAAUGAUGACAACGCAAGAGGGACACUGACAAACACAUUUACUGUAGAUUCCCGACAAGUUUUCAGUACUGUGCAGUAGUGAUGAGCGAAUCAGCACUAAAGUGUUGCAUCCUAACAGUGACAAUAUACUGGGUUUUUUUCGCCCAAAGUCA